GAGCGGAGAGUUCUUUUCCUGUUCUUGGUCAUGUGUUGUCGUCCUCAAGCCUUCCUCCCGUUGUGGUAGCUGUACUGGUUGCUGCGAGUGUUGCUCGCUUCUCUGUCCUCAACCAAAGAUUUCAUUUGGGUGUUAAAGCGAGUGGUUCGUCGAUCGUUUCCUGUUUGGUGGUCGUCUCCCCAGUUGUGGUGGCGGCGAUCGGUAACUCACGCCAAGGUCCGUACCACGGCGUGGCGCUGAGUGGACUGCGAAAAGCCAAGCAACACUUGACUUCCGUUCGACAUUUGCUGCGCAACCUCCUCGCCUUCCUUCUCAUGAUUCGAGUUGGCGUGGUACUUUUUUUUUCCUCCCUCGGUUACAACGCCAAUGAGAUGCGUUAGAUCGUCAGUUUCAUGCUCGAUUCCACUUCUCUUCAGCGAAACCGCUCACCCACCUAUUUGCUGUGGCUUUGGCGAGAUGCUUGCUCAAUUCUGAGCCUUCUGUGGAACUGCUGGAUCUGCCCCCUUUUGUGUAAUUUAGGAGGAUAGUGCUGUAAUUUGGGCCGCCUUCUGAGGAGGAGUAGAUCUGAUUUGGCUCCACCCUCCGUGGUUCUAUUUCGGCAGUUGUUGGUCUGGAUCUAUGUGAUAAAGUUGAAUCUAGCUUUCGUAUGAGAGAGUUCCUUGUAGCAUUCGUGGUGAAUUUCUCCUGCGAGAUGUCGCUCUGACGGUAACUUAUACUUCAGAUUUUGGUUACGCUUAAACCCUAUCUGUGAAUGAAGAAAGAUUGAAUUUUCUUCUGGGACUGAAAGAGGAAAGUAAGGAAAGUGAGAGCUAGCAUUGAUGUCGAAGAUUGGUACACUUGAGUAUCGCCAAAUUUCUCCUGCACCUUCUUCCUCGUCUUCUCAAUCUCGUGAAUCAAAUGGUAUGGAUGAUCCUGAGGAUACAAUUAGUAGUGUUGCUCGUUUCUUGGAGCAGCUUCAUGCAAAUUCAUCCUCCCCAAAAGAGAAAGAGCUAAUAACAGCACACUUGCUUGCAAUUGCAAAAAAGCAGAAAGAUGGUAGGGCUUCAAUUGGAACCCAUUCUCAGGCCAUGCCAUUGUUGAUCUCAGUUCUCAGAAAUGGGACGCCAAAAGCAAAGGUAAAUGUUGCCACCAUUCUUAGUGCACUCUGCAAGGAAAGUGACUUGCGUGUUAAGGUCCUUUUAGGGGGUUGCAUACCACCAUUACUUUCACUUUUGAAAUCUGAAUAUUUGGAGGCAAGGAAGGCAGCAGCUGAAGCUAUCUUCGAGGUGUCUUCAGAUGGCCUUUCAAACGAUCAUAUUGGCAUGAAAAUAUUUGUCACUGAAGGUGUUGUGCCUACCCUCUGGGAUCUGCUUAAUCCCAAUAUUAAGCAAGACCACGUGGUCGAAAGAUUUGUUACUGGAGCAUUGAGGAAUCUUUGUGGAGACAAGGAUGGAUACUGGAGGGCCACACUUGAAGCUGGAGGUGUGGAGAUAAUUACAGGCCUUCUGUUGUCUGGUAACACAGCUGCCCAAUCGAAUGCCGCUUCCCUCUUGGCUCGUCUGGUCUCAGCAUUCAAUGACAGUAUUCCCAAGGUCAUAGAUGCUGGAGCUGUUAAAGCCCUUCUCCAACUUCUAGGACAAGACAAUGAUAUUUCUGUGUGCGCUAGUGCUGCCGAUGCUUUAGAAGUCUUGUCGUCGAAGUCAACUAUGGCUAAAAAAGCCAUGGUGGAUGCAGGUGGUCUUCCAAUUUUAAUUGGAGCAGUGGUAGCACCUUCAAAGGAGUCCAUGCAAGGAGAGUCUGGCCAUUCUCUACAAAGCCAUGCUCUCUGUGCUUUAGCAAAUAUAUGCAGUGGCAUGUCAUCUCUUAUACUUUAUCUUGGAGAACUCUCCCAAACCCCUCGCUUUGCUAUUCCCGUUGCUGAUAUAACUGGUGCUCUUGCAUACUCUUUGAUGGUUUUUGAGAGCAAGGAAGAAAGGGCAUUUGAUCCAAUUCAGAUUGAGGAAAUUUUGAUGAAUCUACUGAAAUCCAGAGAUAAUAAUAAACUGGUUCAGGAUAGUGUUCUUGAGGCUUUGGCCAGCCUGUAUGGAAAUGUUUCACUUUCCUAUCGAAUUGAUCAUUCAGAUGCAAAAAGGGUGCUUGUUGGGUUAAUAACCAUGGCUUCUGCUGAUGUGCGAGAUUAUCUUGUUCUUUCACUGGCAAAAUUGUGUUGUGACAAAGUUGGAAUAUGGGGGGCGCUUGGAGAGAGAGAGGGCAUUCAACUACUAAUAGCGCUGCUGGGACUUUCCAGUGAACAACACCAGGAAUAUGCAGUUUCUUUGCUAGCGAUUUUGACCGACCAAGUGGAUGACAGCAAAUGGGCAAUUACAGCUGCCGGUGGAAUCCCUCCUCUAGUGCAACUAUUGGAAAUUGGAUCCCAGAAAGCAAAGGAGGAUGCAGUCCAUGUUAUGUGGAACUUGUGCUGUCACAGUGAUGACAUUCGUGCUUGUGUUGAGAGCACUGGGGCUGUUCCAGGUCUCUUGUGGGUAUUGAAUACUAGCAGUCCAAAGGCGCAAGAAACAUCUGUGGAGACGCUCAAGAAGCUGAUAAAUUAUGUUGACUCUGGCACCAUUAAUCAACUGUUAGCCCUUCUAGUUAGUGAUGAUAAUCUUAGUUCCAAGACACAUGCUAUAAUAGUAUUGGGUCAUGUGCUUACAAUAGCUUCAUAUAAGGACUUGGUACAGAAAGGGACACCUGCCAACAAAGGACUUAGAUCUCUGGUGGACGCUCUUAACUCAUCCAAUGAAGAAACUCAAGAAUGUGCUGCUUCUGUUCUAGCUGAUUUAUUCAGUGUCCGUCAAGAUAUUUGCGACAGCCUGGCUACUGAUGAAAUAGUCCAUCCUUGUAUGAAGCUUUUGACUAGCAAUGAUCAAGUUGUUGCAACACAGUCAGCUCGAGCUUUGGGUGCAUUAUCCCGUCCAACCAAAGCUAAAACUACUAAUAAGAUGCCUUACAUCACAGAGGGUAAUGUUGAGCCUCUCAUUAAGAUGGCUAAAACAUCAACAAUAGAUGCUGCUGAAACUGCUGUUGCUGCUUUGGCAAAUCUGCUCUCAGAUCCACAGAUUGCUGAAGAAGUAUUGGCAGAAGAUGUGUUAUCUGCUUUGUUGAGAGUUCUAGGAGAAGGAACACCUGAAGGCAAGAUGAAUUCCUCUCGAGCACUUAAUCAGUUAUUGAAUCACUUUCCUGUUAGUGAUGUUCUCAUGGAAAGUUCUCAAUGUCGUUUUAUAGUUCAUGCACUUGCAGAUUCUUUAUCACACAUGGGAAUGGCUGGGACUAUUUCAGAUUCACUUGAUGUGCUAGCUAUGUUAGUCAAAACAAAAUAUAGUGUUAACUUCUUAUAUUCACAUUGCAGUUGCAAAGCCCUAGUUGAGGCUCCAGCAACCUUGGAGCCAUUGGUUCAAACUCUAGCUGUAGGUCUUCCCACGGAGCAAGAUAAGGUUAUUGAAAUCCUUUCGAGGCUCCAAGAUCAACCUCUUGUACUUGGUGAUCAUUUGGCAGUUAAGCCACAGUCCAUAGUUUCACUUGCACAGAGGGUUAUGAACUCUCAUAGCAUGGAAGUAAGAAUUGGUGGGACUGCUCUUCUCAUUUGUGCUAUGAAGGAGCACAGGAGGCAGUCACUGGUCAUUCUAGAUGCACCAGGACUCUUACAGAAGCUUGUUUAUGCCCUGGUUGAUAUGUUGAAACAACAACCAAUGCCCAUCUCCCCAGAUGACAAAGCCUGGGGUGGCAGAAAUUUUACAGAAAGAAAUGUGUUUCAUCAUGAAGAUGACGAAUAUGAUUUACCUAAUCCAGCAAAGUUUUUGGAAGGAACAGUUGCCUUAAGUUUGCUUGCUAUCAUUUCUUCUUCUCAUGCUAAGAGCAAACUUACAGUUUUGGAGGCUGGUGGAGUGGAGGUUCUUUCAGAUAAGCUUGCAAGUUAUAGUGCUAAUCCUCUGGCAGAACUUGAAGAAAAUGAAGGCAUUUGGAUCAGUUCUCUUCUCUUGGCUGUACUUUUCCAGGAUUCAGCUGUUAUUCAAUCUUCAACAAUUAUGCGCAUUAUACCUUCUCUUGCUUUCUUGCUGAAAUCUGAUGAAACCAUUGAGAAGUAUUUUGCUGCUGAAGCAUUGGCUAGUCUUGCUUGUAAUGGAAACAAGGGCAUCCAGCUUGCUAUUGCUAAUUCUGGUGCUGUUGGUGGGCUCACAACCUUGAUUGGACAUGUGGAAUCAGAUUCACAAAACCUUGUUGCUCUUUCUGAAGAAUUUAAUUUGGAAAAGCAUCCUGGUGAAGUUGUGUUGAAUAAUCUCUUUGAAAUUGAAGAUGUUAGGAACGGUGCAACAGCUCGCAAGUCGAUACCUUUGUUAGUUGACCUUCUAAGACCAAUGCCAGAUAGGCCUGGAGCACCGCCAAUUGCUAUUCACCUUCUGACUAAGAUAGCAGAAGGAAGCAAAACAAACAAGCUUGCCAUUGCUGAAGCUGGAGCACUAGAGUCUUUGACUAAAUAUCUUUCCUUGAGUCCUCAGGACUCAAUUGAAACCAGUAUAACUGACCUUUUACGAAUCUUGUAUAGCAACACUGAAUUGGUUCACCAUGAAUAUUCACUUAAUACCUUGAAUCAGCUAAUAGCUGUUUUAAGAAUGGGAUCAAGGAGUUCUCGGUAUAGUGCUGCUAGGACUUUGCAGGAGCUUUUUGAUGUUGAAGAUAUGAGAGAGACUGAAAUGGCCAGGCAAGCUAUUCAACCCUUAGUUGACAUGUUGAACUCAGGUUCUGAGAAGGAACAACAUGCUGCACUUGUUGCUUUAGUCAAAUUGACAGAAGGAAAUAUUUCUAGGGCAUCAGCCUUAACUGAUGUGGAAGGUAAUCCACUUGAAAGCCUAUAUAAAAUUUUGUUGUGUAGUUCAUCUUUAGAACUAAAGAGAAGUGCUGCAAAAUUAUGCUAUGUAAUAUUCGGAAAUUCAACUCUACGAACAAUGCCAAUAGCCUUGGAGUGUGUUGAACCUUUGAUAUCUCUAAUUAUAUCAGACUCCGGUGUAGAAGUAGAAUCUGGUGUUCGUGCUCUAGAUAGGCUACUUGACGAUGAACACCAUGCAGAUAUUGCUGCAGCUACUGAAGUAGUUGGUCUUCUUGUGAAAUAUGUUUCUGGUUCAAACUAUCAGCUUUCUGAGGCCAGUAUAAGUGCUCUUAUAAAGUUGGGAAAGGAUCGGCCUCAAUGUAAACUCGAAAUGGUAAAUGCUGGUAUAAUUGGUAAUGCACUUGAGAUGAUGCUUGAUGCACCAGUUUCUGUUUGUUCUUCAAUCGCUGAGUUGCUUCGAAUUCUGACAAACAACAGUGUUAUUGCUAAAAGCUCAGCUGCAGCCAAGAUAGUUGAACCUCUCUUUUCACUACUAAAACGUCCAAAUUUUACCAUGUGGGGACAACAUAGUGCAUUGCAAGCACUUGUAAAUAUCUUAGAGAAGCCGCAGAGUUUGACAGCCCUGAAGUUAACUCCAAGUCAAGUCAUUGAGCCUUUGAUAUCAUUUCUUGAGUCCCCAUCCCAAGCCAUCCAACAGCUUGGGACUGAACUCUUGUCACAUCUCUUGGAACAGGAGCAUUUCCAACAGGACAUUACUACAAAGAAUGCAAUUGUUCCUCUUGUACAGCUUGCUGGAAUUGGAAUCCUGAACCUACAGCAAACAGCAAUUAAAGCACUUGAAAGUAUAUCAGCGAGCUGGCCCAAAGAUGUGGCUGAUGCAGGGGGAAUUUUUGAGCUUUCUAAAGUGAUCAUCCAGGAAGACCCCCAGCCCAGUCAUACUUUGUGGGAGUCAGCAGCACUUGUUUUAUCAAGCGUUGUCAAAUCUAAUCCACAGUACUACUUUAAAGUUUCAUUGCUUGUGCUCGUGAAGUUAUUGCAGUCAACAGUUGAAGCUACCCUUUCAGUAGCUCUAAAUGCUCUUCUUGUUCAAGAGAGAAGCAACUCCUCAAAUGCAGUAAUGAUGGCUGAAGUUGGUGCAGUUGAUGCACUGCUUAAACUCUUAGGAUCCCACCAAUGUGAAGAAGCAUGUGGAAGAUUGCUUGAAGCAAUAUUUAACAACGCACGAGUGCGAGAAAUGAAGCUUGUAAAAAGUGCAAUAACUCCUCUUACCAACUAUUUGUUAGAUCCACAGGUUAUAUCACAACCUGCAAAGUUCCUAGUGACUCUCGCACUUGGUAAUCUUUUUCAGCAUGAUACACUUGCUAGAGCAAGUGCUUCUGCGGCUGCAUGCCAUGCCUUAAUUACUCUGCUAGAAGACCAGCCAAAAGAAGAUAUGAAAGUGGUGGCCAUAUGUGCUUUGCAGAGUUUGGUUAUGCACAGUAGAACAAAUAGGCGAGCGGUCGCAGAAGCUGGGGGAAUACUGGUAAUACAGGAGCUCUUAAUGUCCCAAAAUACUGAAGUUGCUGGUCAGUCUGCAUUGCUUAUCAAAUAUCUAUUUUCAAAUCAUACACUCCAAGAAUAUGUUUCAAAUGAGCUUAUAAGGUCUCUGACGGCUGCUUUGGAGAAAGAAUUGUGGUCCUCUGCAACUAACAACGAAGAAGUUCUGAGAACCAUAUAUGUGAUAUUUAGCAACUUCAAGAAGCUCCGCAUGUCAGAAGCAGCCACACUAUGCAUCCCACAUUUAGUCGGUGCACUGAGGGGAAGUGAGUCUGCUCAGGAGUCAGUCUUAGAUACUCUUUGUUUGUUAAAGGAAUCGUGGCCACAGAUGAAUGAAGAUAUUGCAAAAGCACAAGCCUUGAUUGCUGCUGAAGCCAUACCUAUGUUGCAAAUGUUGAUGAAAACUUGCCCACCUAGUUUUCAGGAAAGGGCAGAAAGCUUACUGAAUUGCCUACCAGGGUGCUUGACAGUGGUCAUCAAACGCGGGAAUAACUUGAAGCAGACAAUGGGGAGUCCAAAUGCUUUCUGUCAGCUUAAAAUAGGAAAUGGACCUCCAAGAGAGACCAAGGUGGUGGGCCAUAGUGCAUGCCCAGAAUGGAAGGAAGCUUUUACCUGGGCAUUUGAUGUUCCUCCCAAAGGACAGAAACUUUUUAUAGUUUGCAAAAGCAAAAGCACGUUCGGAAAGAAUACCCUUGGGAGGGUCACCAUUCAGAUAGACAAGGUUGUUACUGAAGGAGUGUACAGUGGAUUGUUCAGCCUCAAUCAUGACGGUAACAGAGAUGGAUCUUCGCGGACACUUGAAAUUGAGAUUGUAUGGUCCAAUAGGACAUCUGGUGAUGGCAUGUGAGAAAGGUCGGGGAUAAAAAAAAAAUACGGCUCUUUCAUUCAACAGGAAUAUGAGCCAAAAUUCUGAUUCGAUAAUCCUGCAUCUUGUAUGAUUCUCAGAAAGUAUGCAAGCCCCAAAGGUGUAAUUAUUUUGGAAUUCAUAUUUGGCACAUUCCGUAACAAGUAUGAGAAGGCUGUAAAAGUUUAUAUGAAGUCAAAGCUCCAGAAGGCGGGAUAGUUAGUGUGAGCAGUUGUGUCCUCACAUCUAUGCAGUUUUGCUUGCUCCGGAUCAUGAAGAUGAGAGGAUUCUCCAAGCGUGUACAGUUAAAUUAUUCUGUAAUUAACACGUGUUUCUGAUCCAAGAACACUCAGAAGAACAGUGUCAAGGUUGUCUUUCGUCAAGCAUAGCAAAAGGCAGCAGCAGUGUUCCUUUGGAUCCUGGUAUUUAGGGUAUUACAUCGGCCUUAUGUGUCCUGCUUCGUUGUCCUCAAAAGUCUGUACUUGGGUUAACUUUUUCUUAAACAUCAAGUUAAGCUCUUGCUUGCACGGA